ACAUCACUCAACACAAGAUGCAGACCAACCAAGGCAGAUUGAGAAAGCGGGUCGUAAAUGCGUGCCAGCGCUGCCGCAAGCACAAGAUUAAAUGUUCUGGCGCAAGUCCCUGCAGGACGUGUCACCUUCGGGGGCUCGAGUGUCAGUUCAGUUCAGAUGAUAAGAAAGUUGUCAUCUCCGAGAGCGUUCUUAAGAAUCUUCGGAGAAGGCUUGCAGAGUUAGAGAGGCAACAGAAGAGUCAAGAACCACGAGAGCAAAGCCAACCUCCUUCUCGAGAGGACGAAACGCAUCACACUCCAAGUCAAUAUUCGCAGCGUCAAGAUUUGACCGAGACGCAAUAUAUUACUCCGAGAGAAUCACAAGAAACGCAUUUGUCAUAUGAGUCGCCGAGUCUUGAGGAUGCGGCCGUGGAAAAUCCUCUCGUCCCUGAGAAACCUGCCUAUUUCUCCGAGGCCUCAGGAAGACUAAGAUACAUGGGUCACUCGUCGACUUGGUCUUUUAGCCGCCAGGUUCUCGACAUGGCGUACCAGAGCCCGAGUGCAGAACACUCUCCUUCGGCCUCAAGUCGCCUCGAUGGAGAAAUAUAUAGGAUUCUCCCCGAGCCAGGACCCAUAUUCAACUCCUGGAGCUUUGAGGGCCUUCCUUCACUAGAUCUGUCUCUAUACUACCUUCAUACCGUCAAAUUCCGAACCCACCCUUUUUUUCACCUAUUCGACGAAUCCGAGUUUACCAGCAGACUACACCAAUUUUAUCAGGAGCCCGAAACUUUCGCCCAAACGAAUAGACUGUGGUACGUCCACUAUCUGCUUAUCAUGGCCUUUGGGAAGUCAUUUAUCUCUCAAGGCAAUGCCCAAAGUGGGCCUGCGGGCUCAGAGCUUUUUGCGAGGGCUAUGGGUGUGCUUCCUGAUACUACCCAGCUUUGCUCUGAUCCUGUCAAAGCAACAGAGAUAUUCUGUUGCAUCGCGCUCUUUCUCCAAUCUGUUGACCACCGCGUUGCAGCUCAUUUAUAUGUUGGCCAGGCAAUCAGAAUGGCUCAGAUUCAUGGGUUACAUACUGAUAUGCAACCAAAUGAUGUCGGGGCGCAAUUAGUACACCGAGGUCGCUGUAUAUGGUGGACCGUAUAUGCCCUGGACCGGAGACUCUCAUCAAUAAUGGGUGUUCCAGACUCCAUACGGGACGAAGAAAUCACGGCGAAAUUCCCACUCAUCGAGGAUGACACCACAAUGACAGCACUCUUAAUUCAUUUUAGAAUUAGUCGCUUAUUCGGGAAUGUCAUUAGCACUGUUUACAGUUCUCAUCAGGAGGUGAAAAAGGCAUUUGUGGCAACAACAAGAACCGUGCUCACGGGCAUCGGCGACCUUGCUGAAGAGCUAAUUCCUUUUUCCGAUCGCGGUUUCGGAGAGAUUUCCCGCGUUUCCGCACAUCUGAACCUGGCCUACCAUCAAUGUAUCAUACUCACGAGUAGACCGGUUCUCUUUUAUCUGCUUAAACAACGGAUGGAAAACGCAUCUGAAUCCCAGAACCUUCCACUCUCAUCGUCAAUUAGGGGGCUCUUGCAGGUUUGCAUCGAUUCUGCAGUCCAGAUGGCCACUAUCUUGGCACAAUUACAACAAUGCGACCUCCUAGACGCUUUUCUGCCCUUUGACCUUGAGAGCGCCUUUUCUGCUGCUUUUGUGUUGGUUAUGGCUUCGAGCAUUCACAGCAAGCUUUUACCACAACAUGACUGGCUUGUGGAUCUCGGAAGGGUUUUUGAUUACAUUUCUUUAAAGGGUAACAUCUUGGCAGGGAUGUGUAAGUCAGAGGUAGAAGAGCUGACCCAAGCACUGAGUGGAAUUGACCCGCGUCUCUUUGCAUCCGCCGAGCAACCGGCCACGACACCAUUAUUCGAUCAAAUGAGCACAUCAGUCCUGGGAGACCCUUUCUUUGAAGACUGGAACACUACUAAUGGAUUGUCUGGAGCCCAAAUUCUUGACCUGGCCGAAGCGCUAGAAGUUGGCGGGUUGGAGGAUAUCUGGAGUGUGUAAAACAUUCAAAGACCACGGAUAUGUAUAUUUGAGCUGCAAUAGUAUAUCCCAUCGAGUCAAGGCCGUAAAUAUAUCAGUCUUGGCGUAUCACUGAACAAAACCAAGAUCCCCCAGUGCUGACAGCGCAGAUUCGACCGCCGCUACUACGCCAUAUACCCAAGCCUAGAAGCUUUCCACCGACGACAUGAU